AUGUUACACAAAAAACUUGAAGAAUAUAACAGUGCCUUUAAAAAAAUCAUGGAAGAGCUUGAAGAGCCUGAAAUGCCAGAAGAUCCAAAAAGUUCUGCCCCGUCAACAACAGACGAAACCCCCAAAAAAAGUAGAGGGCAAUAUCAAAAGCCUACGGAUAAAGAUAUAAAAAAGCUUCUUUAUCUCUACUUCAUAAGGGGAUUAAUUAUCGAAAAAGCCAGCAAGAUACAUAAUUAUUAUAAUGAGAUACUUGCUUUAUUAUCUUAUAACUGCAAUAGCUUUCAGACCAUGGUUAACAAUUGUCAAUCAAUUGCCCCAGCUCCAUCCCCGGAAUAUACUGAGCUUUUAAGAAGGCUCACCGCUAUGGAGGAAAGCCUCAGGACCAUGGAUUCAAACAUUGGCAUUGUCAUCAAGAGGAACAAAGAUUCAUUGGAAAUACUUGAUAGCGUUGCCAAUGCCUCUGAAGAACUUCUUGCAGUUAUUGCUCCUACUACUACAGACUUCUGA